GCUUAUUCUGUCUGGCUGCCAUCCUUUAGCAGGAUGCUGGGGACACUGGGGCUUUGGACUCUGCUUCCUGCAGUUGCACAAGUGUCCCCAAACAGGAGGACAUGUGUGUUCUUUGAGGCUCCUGGAGUAAGGGGAAGCACAAAGACACUGGGGGAAGUGCUAGAUGCAAGACCAGGGACCCCCAAGAGUAUCCGCUGCCUCUAUAGUCACUGCUGCUUUGGCAUCUGGAAUCUGACUCAUGGCCGGGCACACGUGGAGAUGCAAGGAUGUCGAGACAGUGAUGAGCCAGGCUGUGAGUCCCUGCACUGUGACCCAAUCCCCCGAGCCCACCCCCGCUUGGGCUCUACUCUCUUCACAUGCUCCUGUGGAACUGACUUCUGUAAUGCCAAUUACAGCCAUCUGCCUCCUUCAGGGGACCCAGGGGCUCCUGGCCCCCAGGAUCCCCAGUCUACCUCAGGUGGGCCCGUCUGGAUGGCACUGCUGCUGCUGGGGAUGUUCCUCGCGCUGCUGAUGUGUAGCGUCAUCCUGGCCCUGCUACAACGAAAGACCUGCGGAGAGCACGGUGGGUCAGACCCCGAGCCAGGCGCAGGCAGAGACUGUGGAGACUGUGAGGAACUGCCCGAGCUGGCUGAGCUGUGCUUCUCCCAGGUGAUCCAAGAAGGAGGGCAUGCAGUCGUCUGGGCCGGGAGGCUUCAGGGUAAGAUGGUAGCCAUCAAGGCCUUUCCCCCAAGGGCUGUGGCCCAGUUCCGAGCUGAGCGAGCUGUGUACCAGCUGCCGGGCCUACAACACGACCACAUCGUGCGCUUUAUCACGGCUGGCCAGGGGAGCCCUGGCCCUCUGCCAUCUGUGCCUUUGCUGGUUCUGGAACUGUAUCCUAAGGGUUCCCUGUGCCACUACUUGACUCAGUACACCAGUGACUGGGGAAGUUCCUUGAGGAUGGCUCUGUCCCUGGCUGAGGGCCUGGCAUUUCUCCAUGAGGAGCGCUGGCAGGAUGGUCAAUAUAAACCAGGUAUUGCCCACCGAGACUUGAGCAGCCAGAAUGUGCUCGUUCGGGAAGAUAGGUCAUGUGCCAUUGGCGACUUGGGCCUUGCUUUGGUGCUCCCUGGCCUUGCCCAGCCCCCUGCCUCAGGCCCUACUCAACCCAGAGGCCCAGCUGUCAUUUUGGAGGCUGGCACCCAGAGGUACAUGGCUCCGGAGCUCUUGGACAGGACUCUCGACCUACAGGACUGGGGCACAGCCCUUCAGAGAGCAGAUAUUUACUCCCUAGCUCUGCUCUUGUGGGAGAUCCUGAGCCGCUGUUCUGAUCUGAGGCCUGACCGCAGACCACCACCUUUUCAACUGGCCUAUGAGGCGGAACUGGGCAGCAAUCCCAGUGCCUGUGAGCUCUGGGCCUUGGCAGUAGAGGAGAGGCGGCGCCCCCGCAUCCCAUCCACCUGGAGCUGCCCCACCACAGACCCCGAGGGGCUGAGGGAGCUGCUAGAAGACUGCUGGGAUGCAGACCCGGAAGCACGGCUGACGGCCAAGUGUGUGCAGCAGCGCCUGGCAGCCCUGGCUUACCCGCAGAUGGCUUCUUCCUUACCAGAGCACUGUCCUUCAGCACCGGCCUCUGCCCCUCUCCCCUGCAGGCCUCAGCAGGCUUCCUGCCACCUCAGUGUUCAGCAAGGCCCUGGCUCCAGGAGUCCUCAGCCUGUCAGUACUAGUGUUCGUGUGUAAAUGAGCAGUUUGUAUGAACGCUUAAUACAGCUAACAUACGUGCGGUGACCACACACC